AUGGCGGACGCGCCGCCGGUACUCCCAACCGACUUUACGGUGGAGGAGGAAGUGCAAGGGAAGCCGGCGGUUGAGCCCGCCGAGCCCGCCGAGCCCGUUGAGCCGCAAACGAUAGACGAUCCGACGACACUGCCAGUGGACGAUGUGAUCCCCAGACCCGACCCAAUUUCAAUACAGGACUCGACGUCCCCAGACCUAGCUCAGUCCUUUACCGACAAUGCACCACCGCUCGCCGCUAGCAAUCCUGCAACGGAGCCCCUACAACCUAGAGCUGUUGCAAUCGCGCCAGCCAUGUAUCAAGCCGGUACCUCGCCAGCGAGUACUCACCCUACCCCAGGUGGUAAUUUGCCAACCUGCCAAAACUGCGAGACUCAUACCACCCCACUAUGGCGGCGAGACGAGACCGGCGCCGUCCUCUGCAACGCCUGCGGCCUGUUUCUCAAGCUCCAUGGCCGUCCUCGGCCUAUCUCACUCAAGACGGAUGUGAUCAAGAGCCGGAACCGCGUAAAGACUAUGCGACCGGACUUGGCAAAACAAAAGAAGGUUUUGUCUCAGGCCCAGCAACAACACCUCGCUCAAGGGGGCGACAUGAAUGGCGCCGACCUGAACGGUGUCCGCCGGCAGUCGCAAAAAUCUGCGAAUGGCGUCAUGGAUGACACGAACUCCCCCAUCUCCCGAACCGGCACGCCGAACCUAUACGCUUCGCACAUGGCACCCAUGUACCAAAACCUCGAGGAUCAGUUCCAGGCUCAGAAUUUAUCCAAUUUCGGUGGACCCGAUGGACGCGCGCCAUCACCUUUGAACGGCGAACGCCUCGAGAACAUGCCACAAACACACGAGACCCUUCUCGCCACCAAUGCCAGCUUAAAGACUCGGGUCAGCGAGCUUGAGGUUAUUCAGGAGCUAUAUCGGGGCCGGAUCCAACAGCUGGAGCAAGAGGAGGUCAACAGGCAGGCACAAGAGAAGAGCAAGACUGAGGCCAACGAGCAACUGCACGUCCAGCUGAACGCCUUGAACGAAUCGCACACGCAGCUGCAAAACGAGUUGGACGAGAGCCACAGGAGGGAGAAUAUGUUGAAACGCCGUCUAGACGAGCUUGAGGUGGAGCUCAAGGAUGUUAAGGAGUCUCUCGAGGUCCACGAGAACGGACGUGCCAAGAAGCCUCGGCUGGAUGAUCCUACCCCGACGGCGGAUGAGACCGUUGCCACCCCGCAGUCGGCAUCGUAG